AUGACACAGGUCCAGUACACCGUCUGCCCCCCACUGCCGGACACGAGGAGGAAGAUGCUGGCCACAAGCAGCGGUUUCAUGACGAGCCUGUCUCUGUGGAUUAUUUUCCUCCUCAUUUCCCGUGUCUGCGCCAGGAGGCAGCACGCUGAUGCUGCUGAUGAUGAGUCCUGGCCGGAGAGUGUUUCCAGGGCGAGGUGUGCGUCGCGGUGCCUCAGCUUGCACAGCGUAGCAGCGCUCUCAUCAUCGCUUCAGAAUAAUGGAUCCUUGGGCUGGUGUCAGAAUCAUAAACAGUGUACAAAGUGCCUGGAGCCUUGCAAAGAUUCCUGGGAAAUGAUAAGGAAAAGCAAUUGCAGAGAGCUAUGUGAGCGGGUGUUUCCCAAGAAGCACUGGGAGUGUGUGACCAGCUGUGAGUUCCUUCAUUCAGUGUUGGCAGCAAAGCAGGGUAGCUGUCCACCUCCAGAGAGAGCCAAUGGUUUUGCGGCUGCCUGCGUAGAGAGCUGUGAUCAUGACCGGGAAUGCUCGGCUUGGAAGAAAUGCUGCUCCAAUGGUUGUGGCCACACCUGCCAGUCUCCCAAAGACCUCUACAAGGGUGCUCCACUGAAGCCGAGGAAAGAGUUGGGCUUUGCAGAACUCUCCUCUGGUCAGUUGGAGGUGCGUUGGUCUUCCCGCUUCAACAUCUCAGCUGAGCCUGUGGUCUACAUCCUGCAGAGGAGGUGGAACUUUGGCAUCCAGCCCAGUGAGGACACCGCCACCUCCUGGCAGGUGGUUGCACAGACCACAGAGCAGGGAGUGAGGCUGUCUGACAUCCGGCCUGGACGCUGGUACCAGUUCAGAGUGGCAGCUGUCAACACCCAUGGGACCAGAGGUUUCACCACGCCCAGCAGGCACAUCCACUCCAGCAGAGACCCCCCCAGUCCUCCAGCUCCCAGAGAACUAAGAGUGGCCAAUAUGAGCUUUGGCACCGGCAGGGCAGUGUCGGCCAGGCUCCAGUGGACCAUGCCUGCUGACCUGGACGUUCCCGUCCACCACUACAAGGUCAGCUGGAGUUGGACUGCAGUCGGACAGUCCUUUGCUUCAUCCCUAACCAAGAGGAGGAAGACAGUCAGAGGGAGCCAGGUGGAGCUGGACAGCAUGCGGUCUAACAGGAGCUACAGUGUGGAGGUCCAGGCUGUGUCCUACUGGGGACAAACUCAACUCAAAGGACCCCGAUCCGUCCUCCACUUCACCACGCAGCGCACCAGCGGGUCUGCUCCAAGACGCCCUAGAGGGGACAUUCUGGAUGUGGGGACACCAUUCUACCAGGACAGAAAGCUCCGGGUUCAUGUUUAUUGGCAGAGCAGCACUGAUCCUUCAGUUGAAUUCUACAGAAUCCAGUGGGGACCAGAGUAUUGUGGACACAACCAGACCAGACCCAUAGAGAAGACCAGCACACAGGAGAGCUUUGUCAGCCUGCAGGGCUUGCUCUUUGGCUGUAAGUAUAAAGUCCUUCUGCAGCCAGUCAGCAAGAAGAGUCGUCCUCUGGCAGAAAGCGCCAUCUUCUUCACUCCUUCCUGUGCCACCAUCCAGGCCAAGAGUCCAAAAUCCAUCCACUGUCCUGGAGAAACAGGUGAGACAACUGGAACCUCCAUGUCCCCUCAGAAGGUCCUGGUGAAGGCAACUAACCUGACAGCGUCCUUUGAGGUUCGGGGAGGCAAUGUGACAGCUAUCUUUAGCUGGGAUUUGUCCAAGGCACCACCCCACCAGUGGCUGACUGGUUACCAGGUGACCUGGGCGGAGGUCAUCCCCACUAACCGACACAACAACAACAAGCUGCCUCACAGCCUCAUCUCCCAGUCCCAGAUCCUAUCCCCGGAUGGUAAUGUUCUGGUGGUGUCAGGCCUGCACCCUGACAGUUUGUACAAGCUGGCAGUCCAGGCCAUCACAGCAGAGGGUGAAGGUCCUGCAACCAGCCAAACCUUCCAAACUCCCGGAUACCAAAGCACCCUGAAGCACAGAUCCAGGCUGAGGAAGCAUCACGAUAAACAGCCAAUCAUAGAGAGGCACUGA